AUGCUUGAGAAACUUAGUUAGAAGAUAAGCGGCAAUACAACAUCAAAAAGUGAUGCUUGUGAUAUAUGUGGAAAAUCAUUUGAUUGGUACAAUUCUUUAUUAAGCGCUAGGAAAACUAAGUAGAAUUAGUGUAAGCGGUGCUUUAGAGGUGUUUGUUCAAAUUGUAGUUAAGACAAAGCCAUUAUAAUUACUUAAGAUGCAAAAACUCCACAUAGAAUAUGCAAAAUUUGUAAGGAUGAUUAGCAGCAACAAAAAUAAAUAGUAGAGUUAGAGAAUUGCAAAGUUGGAUAAUUAUCUAAUGUAGGUAAAAGAUGGGUAUCAAUAAUUUUUGGAGACAAGUAAUUUUUUAUUAAAGCUAGAAUUGAAAUCAAAAAGAUUUAAGAUGAAUAUUAAUAGGCAUUACCAAAUUUUGUUACCAAUUCUAAUUAUGAAAUUAAAUAGUAAAUUUAAACUAAUCUGUUAAGAAUCUUUAAAGAAGUAAAAAAAUUAAUAUGCUUUUUAGAACAGAUAAUCAUUAAAUUAUUCUUUAGCUGAUUGGCAUUAUCGUUGCUGUUCAAAUGAAUAGGACAAUAUACUAGUAUAAAAAAUAAGCAAUAUUUUAACAUGCUUUUUCUAAAAUAAGCCAGUUAGACUAACAAAAGGCUUAGUCUUUUUGACAACUUAUAUUUUAUAUUUUUGUGAUGAACCUAUUUCUUUGAAGGUACUUUAAUUUUUUCAUGAAAAAAUUAUACCUCCAAGAAUGCAAUAUCAUAAAUUAGAAUAAGAUGAAAGUAAACCAAUUUUAGGUGAAAUUGAUCUUUUGCUAGAAAUGGUUAAUGAAUAAAAUAAAAUAGAAAAAUCAGUUUAACAAAAAGUUAAAUUGAUUCUAGAAACUUAUUCUACUUAAAUGUUGACAACAUUUAUGAUAAAUUCAUUUGAAUUUUAUCUUGGCUUUUUCAUUUUUAAUUAAUUAGUCAUCAAUCAUAAUGUAUUAAAAAAUGAUUAAUAUAUAGUUCUAAAUGAAUGAAAAAUUCUUGGCAUUUAUUUGUCGGGAUUAACUAAGAACAAUCUAAGAUGUAAAUAUAGAUGAAUUUUAGCGGUUAAUACUUCGAAAUAUUUAAUUAGAUAAGUUUACUGCUUUCUUAUCCUAGGAAGAUGAAAAAAAAAUAAAGUAUCGGAAUUCAAUUGCAUAAAAAGAAUAAUAAUUAUAAUAAUAAUAAUAAUAAAAUAAUAAAAUUGAUGAUAAAGAAAUUGAAAAACUAUUUGAAGGUAUAAUUUAGUUGGUUGAUGAAAAUUAAAUUUAAAAAUUAGAAUCCUUUUAAUCUACAAGUAAAUUUGAUUGGAAUAAAACUUAAAUUAAAGAAUUAGUUAAAUCAAUAUAAAAAAAAAAUUAAGUUUUAUAAAAUAAAACACUUUUGGAAGAUUAAUUAAAGUAAUAUUAAGAGAAAAGCGCUGAGCAAUUAUAAUAACAAAAAAUCGGAUCAGAAUUAAAUUCAAACACUAUUGAUGAAAAAAAUUAAUUGAUUAAAUAAUUAUAGGAUAAAAUUAAAUAAUAACAAUAAUUAAUAUCAAAUUAUAUAGAAUAAACUAAAUUAUUAGAAGAAACUCAUUCAUAAAGCAUGAAAAGUUAAGAAAGAGAAUAUUUAAAGUAAAUUGAAGAAUUGAAAAAUAAUAUUAUUUUAAAGUCUAAUAAAGAGAAUUAAUAUGAGGAAAAAAUUUCAUAGCUUUAACUAGAGAUGGAACGUAAAAUAAAAGAAAAAGAAGAUUUGAUAAAGAAUAAAGAAAACUAAUAAGAAAAGGAGAUAUACUUAAUUUCGGAAUAAUAUGACAAAAUAAAAAAGGAUUUGGAGAAUAAAGAUAUGAUGUAUAAAAAAUAAUAAAAAGAAUAAGAAAAUAUAUUUGAAUUUUAAUUAAAGUAAGAAUGUUAAAAAAUUGAAAAUGAUAAAAAUAUUUUGAAUGAAAAAUAUAUAUAAUAAAUUGAAAAUUUAGAAAAAUAAAUAAAAGAAAUAAAUUAGAGUAAAUAAUUUAUAGAAUAAGAAUUACAAGAAAAAAUAAAAAAUUUAGAAGUUCUACUUAAAAAAAAUUAAGAAGAAUCUUUAAUUUUAUUAAAAUAAAAAUAAGAGGCAUAUGAAGGAGAGAUUGUAUAAAUGUAAUUAAAAUAAAAAUAAGAAAUCGAAAACAUUCGAAAAUAACUUUAAAAUGAUAAGUAAGAAGAAAAUAAAAAAUAUGAAAACAUUUAUUAAUAAGAAAUUGAAUAGAUAAGUUAAGAUUAUAAACAAUAAAUAAAUGAAAUUAGUUAGAAUUUCAAAGAAAUUAUUCAAUAAAAAGAUGAUUCUAUAAAAAAAUAAGAAUAGAAAAUAUAAGAUUUAGAAUUAAAUCAUUAGGAAUAAUUAAAAUCUAUGUUAGAUUAGCAUAAAAACGAUCUAGAAUCAAAGGAAUAAUCAAUAAAGUUAUUGAAAGAAGAGUCAAGUCAAUAUUUCACGUAAGAAUUAUAACAAAAAGAAGAAUCAUAUUAAAAAUAAUUAGAAUAAAAGGAUGAAGAUUAUAAAUAAUAAAUAAAUGAAAUUAGUUAGAAUUUCAAAGAAAUUAUUCAAUAAAAAGAUGAUUCUAUAAAAUAAUAAGAAUAGAAAAUAUAAGAUUUAGAAUUAAAUCAUUAGGAAUAAUUAAAAUCUUUAUUAGAUUAACAUAAACAAGAUUUAUAACAAAAGGAAGAAUCAUAUUAAAAAUAAUUAGAAUAAAAGGAUGAAGAUUAUAAAUAAUAAAUUAAUGAUUUAAAUAAAAAUUUCAUAGUGAUGAUUCAAUAAAAAGAUGACUCUAUAAAAUAAUAGGAAUAGAAAAUAUAAGAUUAAGAAUUAAAUCAUUAGGAAUAAUUAAAAUCUUUAUUAGAUUAACAUAAACAAGAUUUAUAACAAAAGGAAGAAUCAUAUUAAAAAUAAUUAGAAUAAAAGGAUGAAGAUUAUAAAUAAUAAAUAAAUGAAAUUAGUUAGAAUUUCAAAGAAAUUAUUCAAUAAAAAGAUGAUUCUAUAAAAUAAUAAGAAUAGAAAAUAUAAGAUUUAGAAUUAAAUCAUUAGGAAUAAUUAAAAUCUAUGUUAGAUUAGCAUAAAAACGAACUAGAAUCAAAGGAAUAAUCAAUAAAGUUAUUGAAAGAAGAGUCAAGUCAAUAUUUCACUUAAGAAUUAUAACAAAAAUAAGAAUCAUAUUAAAAAUAAUUAGAAUAAAAGGAUGAAGAAUAUAAAUAAUAAAUAAAUGAAAUUAGUUAGAAUUUCAAAGAAAUUAUUCAAUAAAAAGAUGAUUCUAUAAAAUAAUAAGAAUAGAAAAUAUAAGAUUUAGAAUUAAAUCAUUAGGAAUAAUUAAAAUCUAUGUUAGAUUAGCAUAAAAACGAACUAGAAUCAAAGGAAUAAUCAAUAAAGUUAUUGAAAGAAGAGUCAAGUCAAUAUUUCACUUAAGAAUUAUAACAAAAAUAAGAAUCAUAUUAAAAAUAAUUAGAAUAAAAGGAUGAAGAAUAUAAAUAAUAAAUAAAUGAAAUUAGUUAGAAUUUCAAAGAAAUUAUUCAAUAAAAAGAUGAUUCUAUAAAAUAAUAAGAAUAGAAAAUAUAAGAUUUAGAAUUAAAUCAUUAGGAAUAAUUAAAAUCUAUGUUAGAUUAGCAUAAAAACGAACUAGAAUCAAAGGAAUAAUCAAUAAAGUUAUUGAAAGAAGAGUCAAGUCAAUAUUUCACUUAAGAAUUAUAACAAAAAUAAGAAUCAUAUUAAAAAUAAUUAGAAUAAAAGGAUGAAGAAUAUAAAUAAUAAAUAAAUGAAAUUAGUUAGAAUUUCAAAGAAAUUAUUCAAUAAAAAGAUGAUUCUAUAAAAUAAUAAGAAUAGAAAAUAUAAGAUUUAGAAUUAAAUCAUUAGGAAUAAUUAAAAUCUAUGUUAGAUUAGCAUAAAAACGAACUAGAAUCAAAGGAAUAAUCAAUAAAGUUAUUGAAAGAAGAGUCAAGUCAAUAUUUCACUUAAGAAUUAUAACAAAAAUAAGAAUCAUAUUAAAAAUAAUUAGAAUAAAAGGAUGAAGAAUAUAAAUAAUAAAUAAAUGAAAUUAGUUAGAAUUUCAAAGAAAUUAUUCAAUAAAAAGAUGAUUCUAUAAAAUAAUAAGAAUAGAAAAUAUAAGAUUUAGAAUUAAAUCAUUAGGAAUAAUUAAAAUCUAUGUUAGAUUAGCAUAAAAACGAACUAGAAUCAAAGGAAUAAUCAAUAAAGUUAUUGAAAGAAGAGUCAAGUCAAUAUUUCACUUAAGAAUUAUAACAAAAAUAAGAAUCAUAUUAAAAAUAAUUAGAAUAAAAGGAUGAAGAAUAUAAAUAAUAAAUAAAUGAAAUUAGUUAGAAUUUCAAAGAAAUUAUUCAAUAAAAAGAUGAUUCUAUAAAAUAAUAAGAAUAGAAAAUAUAAGAUUUAGAAUUGAAUCAUUAGGAAUAAUUAAAAUCUAUGUUAGAUUAGCAUAAAAACGAUCUAGAAUCAAAGGAAUAAUCAAUAAAGUUAUUGAAAGAAGAGUCAAGUCAAUAUUUCACUUAAGAAUUAUAACAAAAAUAAGAAUCAUAUUAAAAAUAAUUAGAAUAAAAGGAUGAAGAAUAUAAAUAAUAAAUAAAUGAAAUUAGUUAGAAUUUCAAAGAAAUUAUUCAAUAAAAAGAUGAUUCUAUAAAAUAAUAAGAAUAGAAAAUAUAAGAUUUAGAAUUGAAUCAUUAGGAAUAAUUAAAAUCUAUGUUAGAUUAGCAUAAAAACGAUCUAGAAUCAAAGGAAUAAUCAAUAAAGUUAUUGAAAGAAGAGUCAAGUCAAUAUUUCACUUAAGAAUUAUAACAAAAAGAAGAAUCAUAUUAAAAAUAAUUAGAAUAAAAGGAUGUAGAUUAUAAACAAUAAAUAAACGAAAUUUCUGCUAAUUAUUAAAAUUAAAUUACGAAUGUUUCUUAAAAUCUUUAAGAUUAACUUAAUUCAAAUGAAACAUUAAUAAACCAAAUUUCAUAACUUAAAUUAAAUCAUGAAUAAUAAUUAUUUUAAAAAGAUGAAGAAUAUAAAAGUAUAAUUCUUGAAAUAAGUGAGAAUCAUUUACGUUAAUUACAAAAUCGAGACCAUUCAUCUUAAUUUGAUAGCAAACAAAGUGAACUUAAUAACAUUUAACUUUAAUAGUAAUACAUUUUAUAAAUAUAAUAAAAAGAUGAAUAAAUCUUAAAUUUAACCCAAUAAAACGAGUAAUUAAUGUAACAAAUUGUAAUAGAAACUGAAAAGUAAAAAUAUUAAGUUUAGCCGUAAAUAAAGGAUGAAUUGAAUUAAAUAGAAGAAUAGUCUUAAAUAGAAAAUAAUUAGCUUAUAAAUGAAGAAAACACUAAUUAAGCAAAUAACAAUAAAUAAUUCUCGGAAGUAAAUCUUUUAUCCUUAAUUGACAAAUAAAAUUAGCAAAUCUCAGAAUUAAAAUAAAAAGAUUAGGAUAGUUUAAAUACUAUAGAAUCUCUUAAAUAACAUUUACAAAUUCUACAAAUAGAAUUAGAAAGCAAAUAUUAAGGCUAACUUGAUUCAUGUUUGAAAAACUAUGAGAAUGAAAAAGAUCAAAUGUAGAAGUCAUUUAAUAAGUCUCUAAGCGAAUAGGAAGAAAAAUAAAAAUUAGAAAUAUUUGCACAUCUUGAAACUAUAUCAAAAUUAAGAUUUUAGAUUUAAGAUAUUGAAUGUAAAUUGUAAAAUUCAAAUGCUGAAUUAUUUUAACAAUAAACAAAAUUAAAACAAAUAAUUUAACUUGAAUUUGAAGAAUUAUUAAAAAAAUAAGCAACAGAAAAAGAUGAAAUUAUUUCAAAUUUUGAGAAAUUAAGAAAUUAGUAUAAUGAAAAUCUUUAGUUGAACUAACAAAAAGAUAAAGAAAUAUUGGAGUUAAAAUAAUUUAUAGAAGAUUUGAAAAAAAAUAUUGAUGAAACUAAUCAAUUAUUAACCUAAUAAAAUUUAUAGAAUGAGAGAUUAAAUCAACAUAUAAUAAUUUUAAAUAAUUAAAUAUUAGGUUUGAAAAGGAAAAAUUUUGAUCAAACUAGUUAAACUUAAAAUUCAGCAAAAGAACUACAAGAUAAUAUUUUAUAAUUAAGAAAUCAACUUAUUCUUAAAGAAAGCGAAAUAUAUUCAUUAAGAUUACAAUUUAUUGAUGCAAAUUCUUAAAGGCUAAAUUACUUUUAUUAAGUUUAGAAUUAUAUAAAAGAGAUGAAGUUAAUGUCUGAAAAGCUAUAAACUUAUGAUCAAAGUGAUGUUUAACAAUUAACUUCAUAUUAUGAAGAAAAAAUUAAAUUAUUAGAUCAAUCUUAUGAAGAAUAAAUGAAUAGAUUAUUUUAAUAACUGAAAUAGAACUAAGAUAAAGACUAAUCAACCUAGCCAGCAUAAAAAUUGAAUACAUAAUAAGUCAAUCCAUCUUAGUAAAAGGAUACCAAAAUUACAGGGAGAGUUUAAAUGUUGGAAAUACAGUAGGAGUCAAGAAAUGAGUAAAAUGAAGAUUGCACAAUUUUUUGAUUUGAUCUAUUAGAAAAUGC